GCGGAAGAUGGCGGCUCCUGUGGUUUGAGUAACCGUGGGCCGCUUCCUCCUGCUGCCGCCGCGGUAAUUCUCCGGUACCUGCAAAUAGUGGCACGAUUGUUCGCCAAGCAGCCUCGCCAGGCGCUGCCUCCGAGCGGUCCCGGCCCCGGUGCGGGCCGGAUCCCCGAAACCCGUGCGUUGGGGGCGGCGGUUGAGCCAGAGAGAGAAAGCCGGAGAGCUCGCGGGGUGCGAGGGGCGAAUGGCCACCGGGCUCGGCAGCAUGAGUCAGCAGCGACCCGCGAGGAAGCUGCCCGGCCUCCUCGUGGACCCGGCGGAGGAGACCGUGCGUCGCCGGUGCCGAGACCCCAUCAACGUGGAGGGCCUGCUGCCAUCAAAAAUAAGGAUUAAUUUAGAAGAUAAUGUUCAAUAUGUGUCCAUGAGAAAAGCUCUAAAAGCGUACAGACCUCGUUUUGAUGUGUCACUGGUUUAUUUAACUCGGAAAUUUAUGGAUCUUGUCAGAUCUGCUCCUGGAGGGAUUCUUGACUUAAACAAGGUUGCAACAAAACUGGGAGUGCGGAAACGAAGGGUGUAUGACAUCACCAACGUCUUAGACGGAAUCGACCUGGUCGAAAAAAAGUCUAAGAAUCAUAUUCGAUGGAUAGGAUCUGAUCUCAGCGAAUUUGGAGCAGUACCCCAGCAAAAGAAGCUACGGGAGGAACUUUCUGACUUAUCAGCAAUGGAAGAUGCUUUGGAUGAGUUAAUUAAGGAUUGUGCUCAGCAGUUGUUUGAAUUAACAGAUGACAAAGAAAAUGAAAGACUAGCAUAUGUGACGUAUCAAGAUAUUCAUAGCAUUCAAGCCUUCCAUGAACAGAUUGUUAUUGCAGUUAAAGCCCCAGCAGAAACCAGGUUGGAUGUUCCAGCACCCAGAAAAGACUCUAUAACAGUACAUAUAAGGAGCACCAAAGGACCUAUAGACGUUUAUUUAUGUGAAGUGGAGCAGGAUAACACAAGUAACAACGUACCUGAAGAUGGAGGGACCCCUUCAUCUGAAAACAGGCCUCCAGAGCAUCCUAAUGAAGAAGAAAAUCCUCCUCAGCAAAGUGAAGAAUUACUUGAAGUGAGCAACUGACUCCCCGUAGCAUUUGAGAAUUCAUGUAUUCAGUUUUUUGGGGGGACAUCCUAAGUGGAUGAAUUAUGCAUUGAAUUCGAUUCUCAGAGCAAUAAAUCAUCUCUGGAGUUGUCUUUUUCCAGUUAGUACAUCAUUAAGGACAGUACUAUCUCCUUCCUAAUCAGUAGUGUUAGGAGCAGUCCACUGCUUAGAUUGAUGGAUAAUUAUGGUUUUUGCAUUUGAAAGCAACUCUUUAUAAUUAUUUACUGCUUCUUGUCGGUGAAAGAGACAUCUUGUCUACUGAAAUAACUUCAUCACAGAGCGUCACUGAAACAGAUGAUCAGACCUGAUAUGGAUCGUUUUUUGUGGACUCUACCCUUUUUCUUCAAGGAUUAUGUAUAGUAUAUAAAAAGAAAUUGCCUUACACUGGUUCAUGUUUGCAUUUAACUGUUGUAAAUUGAAUAGGUGUACACAGUGAAUCUGAAUGUGAUGUCUUUGUAAAUAUCUGUAUAAUGUUUAGAUUACUUACAAAAAAUGUCUAAGUGAAACUUCACCAUUGUACAGCCAAACAAUGUAUAUAUAGAAAGUAACUGACAAAUUCUCUAAUUUUUUCGGUGUCUGUAACUUACUCGAAUCCUCUGAAUGAGGAUUAGAGGAGACUUUUCAAACUUCUACAUGUAGAAGUAUCAUAAAUGUGCUGCACAUUUAAAGCUCAUGGAUAUAAUUAAAGUAUUUUAAUAUGA